UAGGAGUUCAGAGAAGCUUAACUGCAACUUGAACACCAUCUCCAUUCCUGUACUGACAUCUGGAGCCAGAGUGACACGGGGCAGAACAGAGCCUCAGGCCCAGCGUCAGCACCUCCCAGGAACAGCUUCAUAUCCUGUUGUGCAACUUUCCAAAGCCUCUGGGUCAGUGCAACACCCUGCAGCUGUCUCAGGAGCCCACAGUGGCAGUUGGACUUGGUGCAUUUGAAGGAUGAGGAAGGUCAGACCCUGGGGCUUGCUGUGGAUGCUCCUUGUGGCAGAACUUCAAGCUGCAGGUGAACUCAUCGAGAAGCAUGUGUUAGCUGAGGGGCAGAACCUGACUGUAAGCUGUCCCUUCAACAUACAGAAGUACGCCCGCAGCCGGAAAGCUUGGCAGAGGUUGAAGGAGGGACAGGAGCCCUUGAAUCUGGCCAUCAUAGACAGACCUUCAGGGACUCCCAGUCAAGUCCAAGUGGAGAGGUACAUGCUAGAAGACCUCCCUGAGGAUGGCAUGCUGCACGUCCGAAUGAUCAACCUUCGAGUGGAGGACUCAGGGCUAUAUCGGUGUGUGAUCUACCACCCGCCCAGAGAUCCUGUGGUCCUGUACGACCUUGUCCGCCUGGUGGUGACCCCAGGUUCUUCUGGCACCCCUACCUCUGACCAGAAUUCUAUCCAGAAGUUGCCUCGGACUACCACUCUUCCUCCUGUCAUCACUAAGGCCUUCAGCAUAUCCUAUACCAGGUCCAGAGCUGUGACUGAGCCUCCAACCACUUCUCCUGGCCUUGGAGUCAACGUUAUAAAUGUGACAGAUGUCACCAGGAUCCCUGUGUUCAGCAUCGUUGUUCCUAUAGCCUGUGGACUCCUGAGUAAGAGCCUGGUCUUCACUGUCCUGUUUGCUGUCACACAGAGAUCAUUUGGACACUAGAAUCAUUACCCCAGGAGAAUGAUCUCUGAUCUCCAGCCACGUCCACCUGGCAGCCAUGUUGGGAGAAGAGUGUGUGUGGAGGGGAAGGCAAUGGGGUGGGAGUUAAUGAUGUGAAUUGAAUCUGUAAUCAUAGGUUAUUUAUGUGCUCAGAAUCUCACCUUCCCGGCCCUGACUCCUCCCUUCAUUUCACUAAUAAACUUGGUGUGCGUUUUGCCCCCUCCAAAGAGAAGAUACAGUCCCAA